GUCAUGGCAGUCAAUAUUAACACAGUACUGUCAUCCACCCGACACUCUAUAUGACAACCACCACCACCACCGUCGACACACCACCCGAGGUACCCCCCAUCUCGUAUACAGCCCACCUGGGCACCCGCUGGCAGAAGGAGAAGGCCGCCGCUGGUCUCGGCGCAUUCGACUUCCCAGAGGACCCAGUCUGCGUCGGUCAGUGGAUCAUCGGCGAGUGUGUCGGAAGGGGGGCCAGCGGCCGUGUGCGCAUCGCAAAGCACCGUCAGACCGGCCAGCUCGCUGCUGUCAAGAUCCUCCCCAUUCCCCCCGCCGACACCCAUCCCAGGUUAAAGUCAGAGAAACAGCGUCUCAACAUCGACAGAGAAAUCGUCAUCAUGAAGCUCAUGGACCAUCCAAACAUCCUCCGUAUCUACGACGUGUUCCAGGGCGAACGCGAACUCUAUCUCGUACUCGAAUACGUGCAGGGCGGUGAACUGUUCGACUUCCUGGUCAACCGCGGCAGACUCCUCCCUCUCGAGGCUUUGGCAAUCUUCAAACAGAUCGUAUACGGUCUCAACUACGCGCACGCUCUCUCCAUCGUCCAUCGCGACCUCAAACCAGAAAAUAUCCUGAUGCACUCUCUGAACCCUCCUCUCAUUAAGAUCGCCGACUGGGGCAUGGCCGCAUUUGCCCCACCACCGUUACGUCUAGAAACAAGCUGCGGAAGCCCUCACUACGCCAGCCCGGAAAUUAUCAGCGGAAUCAAGUACACAGGCGGGCCCGCAGAUGUUUGGAGUUGUGGUGUCAUCCUCUUUGCUCUCCUCACAGGACGACUCCCUUUCGACGACAAAGACGUGCAAACGUUGCUCGCCAAGGUUAGGAGAGGCAAGUACGAAGUACCAGAAUACGUAGACCCUCUGGCGAAAGAUCUGUUGACCCGGAUGCUUGUAGUCGACGUUCGAAGGAGGAUAACCGUCCCUCAAAUCAUGGCUCAUCCUUGGUUCAACCAGUCGACCCCCGGCAUACUCUAUGUACCCGCACCAUCGGUUCACAAUUUGGCACAACUGCUUGCCUCCGAAGCGCAAAUCGACGAAGAUCUCCUGGAAUCUCUACGCACUUUGUUGGGGAGAUAUGGCAACGACCAGAUUGUCAAGGCAGAGCUCCGACGUCCACGCGGCCAAGGUACCGUAGCCAAAGCAAUUUACGUCCUCUUACGGAAACGCCACGAACAAAUGGUCCGGGAUCAUGGGCUUUCAGUAGAAGGUUCGAGGCCACGACUGCAGGGAAAAGUUAUUACGCAGCAUUAUUGGUCACCCUCCCUUACUAAACGGAGCCGAGUCAACACUCAAGCCCAAUUGCACAGCAGCGGUACCCACUCGUCGCAUUCGCAGGCACCGUUACCCAGUCCAUCUUCCGAGGCACCCUCCGUACUUGACUCGCUUUCACGUUGCCGAUCUCCCUCUCCAGUGCAAUUACAUAGGAGCUACCAUUUUUCGUCCUCGACGUUAGCCCUGCAGCCGACCCGUCGCAAAAGCCUACGAGUCGGGCGUGCCCCCCACGACCCUUUGGAUGCGCUUGCAAGAGUUCCCCAUCAAGAGUGCUCAAUGUCCUUGCACUCCAACCAAAUCGAGCGGGAUUGUGGUAAUCAUAACCAGCAGAUGUCCGGAACUAUGUGUGGCCUCGAAGUGUCUUCUCCAUCGUCAAACGCACGACUCCCUUUAUCACGAUUACAACCAGUCUCAAGCUCAACCGUUGCUUACGCACAUGCCGCAAUCACGACUAGCGUUGAAGUGCAUGACAAGGCUCUUGUACUCUCGACACCUUUGGACGCGCAUCACAACUACCCAUCACCUGCAUAUUUUGACGACCCUUUUACCACACAAGGUCACGAAUCGCAAUACGCAAGCUGCCCCAAGGCGGAUACUCAUCUCUCGAUUAAUUUACCUUUACAGCUUCAGACGCCCACUCGUCAUGGAUAUGUUCGGACAGGAAGUGACCGGUGGGCCGUUAAGGAUAAGGAGAAUAUUGCGCCUGAUGGCGACGCUGAUCGGAGACGGCUUUUCGCGCAAUCGAUUGGCGGAACGGUGUUCCAUACACACGAUCAAGAUAGCAAGUACGGGGCGAAGGAGGUAAAAAACCCCUCGACAGGCUCGAAUCCAAUUGCUUUCAAACCAGCGAAGACAGCGAAGGCAGUGUUCGGCCCUCAUACCGGCUCGCCUGGGACCCCGAGCAUUCUCUCGUCGCCGGUUGGCGAGGUUAAGAGUUGGCUUUCCAAUUUUUUUAACCGGAAAUCACAGACGUACGUGCUCUAUUCGACUGCGUCGUUCCGUGCGACACACAGCGCGACGAUCCGCACCUUGGAGCGACUUGGCGUCACUGUGGGCGCGCAGGAAUCACCGUCACGGUGCCAGACCUACAACACAACUAACGUCAUGUGGUGCCAGAUGAACGAUGGCGUGAAAUGCUCGGACGGCGCGGUCGUACAAAAGCAAAUCCGGUUCAGGGUCGAGUUUUCGUUUUCGCCGAACACACUGCAGAUGACGGACGAGUUUUCGCCAUCAUCAUACCCUCGUUACCCCGUACAUGAUAUCGAUUCCAAAGUUGGAGGUCACAUCAGCAAUGGUGUAUGGCCCGCUGAAUGGCCAGCGUUAACGUCUUCCACACCUCCGCAACCAAGGUCACUAGCUACCACCAGUAUUGCUGGUGCAUGUGACUUUCCUUGUGCGGUGAUAUUGGUGCAAGAAAAGGGUUCGGCAUCGGCGUUCAAGAUUUUCUGCCGACGACUGCGCGAGCUGUGGACUUUGGACACUUUAGAGACGUCGCUGCAGUCUAGUUCUUCAAGGGCCUAGACGGUUAGAAUUUUCGUUUUUCAACGCGGACGCGGACUUUCCUUGUGGAUGCCACUGUACUAUUACCACCGUCAUUUGUGUAUGUAUUAUUUGUAGCCUUGCCAACAUGGACGGUUGAACUCGCCGAAGCCCA